GAACGACUCUCAGCGCGGCGCCCAACCAACCGGAAGCGCGGAAUGAUUUCUCCACGGCAGGCAAGGGCGGAUAAAAAAAAGGAGGAGGGAUAAAAACAUCAAAGAGCCGCUUAUUAUAUGAUUAACAGCUCUUCUAACGAGAUUUGACAAAAGAAGAGGAGAAAAAUCUCUAAAUCUGUCACUAAUCCUUCAAUUUCUGGGAUUAUUCUUUGGAAAUGGGAUCUACCUUCAGGGUCCCCACCUGCUGGGCACCGUAAUGGUGCUCUCUCCUAUAGCUGAGCCCCUCGCUGCCCUCUGAAGGAGCAGGAUGACAAGAUGGCACAGCUGCUUGUACCGCCCGGACCAGACAGCUUCCGCCCCUUCGUCCCCGAGUCGCUGGCCGCCAUCGAGAGGCGCAUCGCCGAGGAGGAGGCCCGGCGACCGCGGGCGGAGCGUCGCAGCGACGACGACGAUGAAAAUGGGCCCAAGCCCAACAGCGACCUGGAGGCAGGGAAAUCUCUGCCCUUCAUCUACGGGGACAUUCCUCCAGGAAUGGUGUCGACCCCUCUGGAGGACCUGGACCCCUAUUACAGCAACCAGAAGACCUUCAUAGUAUUGAAUCGCGGGAAGGCAAUCUUCCGUUUCAAUGCCACUUCUGCCUUGUACAUCCUAAACCCCUUCAACCCUCUGAGGAGGAUAGCUAUCAAAGUUUUAGUGCACUCGAUGUUUAGCAUGUUGAUCAUGUUCACCAUUCUGACCAACUGUGCUUUCAUGACCCUGAGCAACCCGCCGGAAUGGGCAAAGAAUGUAGAGUACACAUUCACAGGGAUUUACACCUUUGAGUCUCUAAUAAAGAUCCUGGCCAGGGGGUUUUGUGUGGGGAAGUUCACUUUUCUGCGGGACCCGUGGAACUGGCUGGAUUUCAGCGUCAUACUUAUGGCGUAUAUAACAGAGUUUGUAAACCUAGGCAAUGUUUCAGCUCUGCGCACAUUCAGAGUUUUGCGAGCUUUGAAAACUAUCUCAGUUAUACCAGGCCUGAAGACCAUAGUCGGCGCUCUGAUCCAGUCUGUGAAGAAGCUGUCGGACGUGAUGAUCCUCACCGUGUUCUGCCUCAGCGUCUUCGCUCUGAUCGGCCUGCAACUCUUCAUGGGCAACCUGAGGCAGAAGUGCGUGCGUGUGCCAGACAUCAGCAACAGCAGCGGCAGCCUCAACGUGACGGGGAAUGGCACCGGUCCGUCCAACGCCACGCUGGAGUGGAUAGAGUACAUCAGUGAUGAGAGUAAUUAUUAUUACCUUCCUGGUCGUAGGGACGCUCUGCUCUGUGGAAAUGGCAGCGGUGCAGGACUCUGUCCAGAGGGGUUUGUUUGUCUCAAAACGGGCCGUAAUCCAGACUACGGCUACACGAGCUUCGACACCUUCAGCUGGGCCUUCCUCUCUCUGUUUCGACUCAUGACGCAGGACUACUGGGAAAACCUCUACCAACAGACUUUGCGUGCAGCAGGGAAGCCCUAUAUGAUCUUCUUCGUGCUGGUGAUCUUCCUCGGCUCCUUUUACCUCAUUAACCUGAUCCUGGCUGUGGUAGCCAUGGCUUACGAUGAGCAGAACCAGGCCACCAUCGAGGAGGCUCAGCAGAAGGAGGAGGAGUUCCAGGCCAUGCUGGAGCAGCUGAAGAGGCAGCAGGAGGAGGCGCAGGUUGCCGCGGCAGCAGCCACGGAGAGCGGAGAGUACAGCGGGAGAGGGGGCCCCACCUCUGAGUCCUCCUCGGGGACGUCCAAGCUGAGCUCCAAAAGCGCCAAGGAGCGACGCAACAGGAGGAAGAAGAGGAAGCAGCGCGAGGAGGAGGAGGAGAGGGGCGUGUGCGACAAGUUCCACAAGUCCAUGUCAGAGGACAGCAUCAAGAGGUCCAGCUUCCGCUUCUCCAUCGAUGCUAACCGGCUGUCCUAUGAGAAAAGAUGCUCCUCACCCAACCAGUCUCUCCUCAGUGUCCGUGGUUCCCUCUUCUCGCCCCGGAGGAACAGCCGCGCCAGCCUCUUCAGCUUCCGCGGCCGAGCCCGCGACAUGGGCUCGGAGAACGACUUCGCCGACGACGAGCACAGCACCUUCGAAGAGAGCGACAGUCGCCGGGGGUCCCUGUUCCUGCCGCGCCGCCUCGAGCGCCGCUGCAGCGCCGUUAGCCAGAUGAGCCUCGGGGCGCCGCGGAUCGUGCUCCCCGCCAACGGGAAGAUGCACUGCUCGGUCGACUGCAACGGGGUGGUUUCGCUGGUCGGUGGGACAUCUGUAACAACCUCUCCUGUAGGUCUCCUGCUACCUGAGGGAACAACAACAGAUACCGAGAUAAAGAAGCGCCGAUCUGGAUUCCUGCAGCCUUCCAUGGACUAUUUAGAUGAACCGGGGGCGCGGCAGAGAGCCUUGAGUGUAGCCAGCAUACUCACCAACACAAUGGAAGAGCUGGAAGAGUCCAGACAGAAGUGCCCUCCCUGCUGGUAUCGAUUUGCCAACAAGUGUCUGAUUUGGGACUGCUGUCCCGCAUGGCUGAAAAUCAAAGAGGUGGUCAGCAUGGUGGUCAUGGACCCCUUUGUGGAUCUGGCCAUCACCAUCUGCAUCGUCCUCAACACUCUUUUCAUGGCCAUGGAGCACUACCCAAUGACUAAGGAAUUUGAUAACCUCCUCACCAUUGGAAACCUGGUGUUUACAGGCAUCUUCACAGCUGAAAUGUGCUUCAAGAUCAUCGCCCUGGAUCCUUACUAUUAUUUUCAGGAAGGCUGGAACAUCUUUGACGGUAUCAUUGUUAGCCUCAGUCUCAUGGAGCUGGGCUUGGCUAACGUCGAAGGCCUGUCUGUGCUCAGGUCCUUCAGAUUGCUUCGAGUCUUCAAACUCGCCAAGUCCUGGCCCACUCUCAACAUGCUGAUCAAGAUCAUCGGUAACUCGGUGGGCGCUCUGGGCAACCUGACUCUUGUGCUGGCCAUUAUCGUCUUCAUCUUCGCCGUGGUGGGCAUGCAGCUGUUCGGCAAGAGCUACAAGGAGUGCGUGUGCAAGAUUUCAGAAGACUGCGAGCUGCCGCGCUGGCACAUGCACGACUUCUUCCACUCCUUCCUCAUCGUGUUCCGGGUGCUGUGCGGGGAGUGGAUAGAGACCAUGUGGGACUGCAUGGAGGUGGCAGGACAGACCAUGUGCAUUAUUGUCUUCAUGAUGGUCAUGGUGAUCGGAAACCUAGUGGUUCUCAACCUUUUUCUGGCUCUCCUCCUGAGCUCAUUCAGUGCAGACAACCUGGCCGCCACCGACGAAGACAGCGAGAUGAACAACCUGCAGAUCGCCGUCGGACGCAUCCAGCGCGGCAUCUCUUACGUCAAAGCCAAAGUGCGACAGUUCCUCCAGAGCCUCUGCUUCGGCGGCGGGAAGGGAUCCGGCCUGGCUGAGGAGAGCAAACCCCUGGAUGAUCUACAGAGUAAUGGAAAGGGGAACUGCAUUUCUAACCACACUCCACUGGAGAUCACCAAAGACUCCAGCGGGGUAUACUUGAUGGAGGGCAACGGAAAGCCAGGAGGGCUGACUGUUGGGGUGGGUGGGGACACCACCAACAAGUACGCAAUGGAGGAAUGCGACUAUAUGUCCUUUAUUCACAACCCCAGCCUGACUGUGACCGUCCCCAUCGCCGUUGGCGAGUCAGACUUUGAAAACCUAAACACGGAGGAUUUCAGCAGUGACUCCUCUGACGUGGAGGGAAGCAAAGAGAAGCUGGACGUAGACCCCCAGCCCUUAAGCUCAUCGGAGGGGAGCACAGUUGAUAUCCGUCCCCCAGGAGAUGGGGUUGAAUCUGUGGAGCUGGAACCCGAGGAGUCAUUAGACCCAGAAGCCUGCUUUACAGAAGGCUGUGUGAGUCGGUUCCCAUGCUGUCAGGUCAGCGAGGAUGUAGGAUGGUUCAAGAGCUGGUGGACGCUCAGAAAAACCUGCUUUAUCAUCGUGGAGCACAACUGGUUUGAGUCCUUCAUCAUAUUUAUGAUCCUGCUCAGCAGUGGAGCGUUGGCGUUUGAAGACAUUUACAUCGAGCAGCGGCGGACCAUCAAAACAGUCCUGGAAUAUGCAGACAAGGUCUUCACUUAUAUCUUCAUCCUGGAAAUGCUGCUUAAGUGGGUGGCGUACGGCUUUGUUAAGUACUUCACCAACGCUUGGUGCUGGCUCGACUUCCUCAUAGUCGACGUGUCCUUGGUUAGCCUCGUAGCGAAUGCUCUGGGCUACUCUGAGCUCAGCGCCAUCAAAACUCUGAGGACACUGCGAGCCCUACGGCCCCUGAGGGCCCUGUCUCGGUUUGAGGGCAUGAGGGUUGUGGUGAAUGCUCUACUUGGUGCCAUCCCUUCCAUCAUGAACGUGCUCCUGGUUUGCCUCAUCUUCUGGCUUAUCUUCAGCAUCAUGGGGGUCAACCUCUUUGCAGGGAAGUACUACCAUUGCGUCAACACCACCAACGAUGAGCUCUUCCCAAUCAGCAUCGUCAACAACAAGACGGAGUGCUUGAACUUGGUUAACAAUAGCGCCCGCUGGAGGAAUGUCAAAAUCAACUUUGACAAUGUGGGCGCCGGUUAUCUGGCUCUGCUGCAAGUGGCAACGUUUAAGGGUUGGAUGGACAUCAUGUAUGCUGCUGUGGACUCUCGUGAUUUGGAAGAGCAGCCUGAAUAUGAAGUGAACCUGUAUAUGUACCUCUACUUUGUCAUCUUCAUCAUCUUUGGCUCCUUCUUCACCCUUAAUCUGUUUAUUGGUGUCAUCAUCGACAACUUCAACCAGCAGAAGAAAAAGUUUGGAGGUCAAGACAUCUUCAUGACAGAAGAACAGAAGAAAUACUACAAUGCCAUGAAGAAACUGGGUUCAAAGAAACCACAAAAACCCAUUCCACGGCCAACCAAUGAAUUUCAAGGCUUUGUGUUUGACUGUGUCACAAAGCAGGCGUUUGAUAUAGUAAUCAUGAUCCUCAUCUGCCUCAACAUGGUGACUAUGAUGGUGGAGACGGAUGACCAAACAAAGGAAAUGGACAAAAUCCUUUACCGGAUCAACCUUGUCUUUAUUGUGCUGUUCACUGGGGAGUGUGCGCUAAAGAUGAUCUCCCUUCGACACUUUUAUUUCACUAUCGGUUGGAACAUAUUUGACUUUGUGGUAGUGAUUCUUUCGAUUGUAGGUAUGUUUUUAUCUGAAGUUAUCGAGAAGUACUUUGUGUCCCCAACAUUGUUCCGAGUGAUCCGACUUGCCCGGAUAGGCCGCAUCCUUCGCCUUAUAAAGGGUGCCAAGGGAAUCCGGACUCUCCUCUUUGCCUUGAUGAUGUCACUCCCUGCCUUGUUCAACAUCGGCCUUCUUCUUUUCCUGGUUAUGUUUAUCUAUGCCAUCUUCGCAAUGUCCAACUUUGCGUAUGUCAAGCGGGAGUCGGGGAUCGACGACAUGUUUAAUUUCGAGACUUUCGGGAACAGUAUGAUCUGUUUGUUUCAGAUUACAACAUCAGCUGGGUGGGAUGGUCUGUUGGCACCCAUUCUGAAUAAAAGAGAGCCAGACUGUGACAGCAAGAUAGAGCACCCUGGGAACUACUACAAAGGCAACUGUGGUAACCCUUCAGUGGGCAUCUUUUUCUUCGUCAGCUACAUCAUCAUUUGCUUUCUGAUUGUGGUCAACAUGUACAUUGCCGUCAUCCUGGAGAACUUCAGUGUGGCCACAGAGGAAAGUGCCGAACCAUUAAGUGAGGACGACUUUGAGAUGUUCUACGAAGUAUGGGAGCGCUUUGAUCCUGAUGCUACUCAGUUUGUGGAGUACAGCAAGCUCUCUGACUUUGCAGAUGCUCUCGAUCCGCCACUUCGCAUUGCUAAACCCAAUAUGAUCCAACUUAUAGCUAUGGACCUACCUAUGGUGAGUGGCGAACGCAUCCACUGCCUGGACAUCCUGUUUGCUUUCACUAAGCGAGUGUUGGGUGAAGGUGGAGAGAUGGACAUGUUACGUGGACAGAUGGAGGAGCGAUUCAUGGCCUCCAACCCUUCUAAAGUUUCCUAUGAGCCAAUUACUACCACAUUGCGCCGCAAGCAGGAGGAAAUGUCGGCCAUAGUUAUCCAGAGAGCCUUCCGGCGCUACAUGAUGCACCAGGCCAUGAAAAAGGCCUCCGCUCUCUACAAGGAGAAGCUAAAGGAGGGCGUCCAUGACCCUGACAAAGACGUGAUGGUCAUCAGCAAGUUCAAUGAGAAUUCCACCUCAGAUAAAACAGACAUGACUCCGUCCACCGCCUCCCCGCCCUCCUACAACAGUGUGACAAAGUCAGACAAAGACAAAUAUGAAAAAGAAAAUAGGGAAAAGGAAAACAAAGGGAAAGACUUGAAAGACAGAAAAAAAUAGACUUCAACAAAUUGGAACAAACAAUGCAUUAGUAAUGUGGGGGGAACUUGUUUACAGCUUCUAGAGGAGGUAGAUUGACUUGUCAGUUGAUUGUUCAGAGAUGAGGAACGCCGAAAAAUGGGAGCGCUGACGCAACAGAAACAAAUAAGUGGGUUCUUCCCAGAGAGGGAAAACGAAAGCAAGAUAUCCAGCAGACACUGCCAGGGGUUGACUGGAACAUAGCGCAGCCCUUCUGCAAACCGCUUGUGAUUUUCCUUUUGGUUGUAGUUACUAUCUGACAAUUGAGUGUACUGUUAAUUUGUCUGUAGCUCGUGCUGCUGCUACUUCUAUAAAUCCAGUGUCUUGAAUUGAAAAUUUGCCGUAUCACUUAACAACUACAUUUUCUUUUGUUUCGGUUCCUUUUUUUAUUGAAAAAAUAAUGUUUUAUACUAUUUUGUGUAUUUAUUUUUCGAGAAUGUCUCCGCUGCUUUCAGUCUUGUUCAAUCACCAAGGGCAGAAAAAGUCGAUGCUGGAAACUACAACCAUCAGAAACUCGUACAGUGCAGGGUCCGCAUCGAAAUGCUUGCAGGUCAUACAGCACGUGGAGCUGGAACAUACCAAUGAAGUGCAAUGAAUGACUCACUGGUGUCACAUUGGUGAUUGUUAAAAUCGCUAUCUACUGUCAUGUUCCAGUUUCAGUAGAAAGCUCUGUCUCUAAAAACAGAGAAGCUGAAUGUAUGCAAUCUGGAGGAAAAAAGACACAAUUCAACAAAGUUGGGAAAUAUUCUUGGUUGCUUUUUUGCCAAGAUUUCGAUGACACAAUUGGCACCACUCUCGUGCCUAGCUUAGACUCUAAAAGUUCUAGAGUCCUCAUUUUCUAGGUAAGCUAUGCCCAGGAGAGUUCCCAUCUAGAGCCAGCCUAAAAUCAGACUGUUGAUCUGAUCAGAGUGCCUGUUUUUAACCGCAAUGUACAACUAAAGUCUUAACUGUCAGCCUACAUGUCCUUCCUUAACAGUCCUCUGAGAUAUUCAUACACUAAAUGCAUUUUUUCGUGUUUUUUUAAUAGUUUGGACCCAUUUCUUUAUCUGGGUCAUUCUAAACUCACUGCAAUAAUGGAUUCUCUUCAUCAGUCCCUCUGCUUUAUAGGCACUGUAUGUAAAACAGUUCAACUUCCACACCUCUCAGGUUGUCAGUGCUGAAUGUUAAACACUCCUUAUCAUCAGUGUAGCGCUUUCUGUUGUGAAGAGAAAGGAAAAUGGCCGCCAACCUAUGAAAGUACUGCUCGCUAGUUACCUACUUAGCUAGCUUGCUAGCUACCAGAUUGAAGCACUGUGUUGUGUCGUAUUCCUGUUCCAGAUUGUUGUUACAAUCAAAAACUUUUGUCGAGUACUUUGCUCGACCGCUCGGGAAUAUAUUUCAGUAAGUUGCAGGUCUCUAAUAACCGUUGCUAUUUGAUUAGCAUAGGGACAGAUCUUAUUGUUUAUAUUAACACUGAAACAAAAUAUUAAAAAGAAAAGAUUAUUUAUUAGAGUCAUGUAUUUAUAGUUCAUUGCAAUAGGGAGGAAAUAUACAAUAGAAGGAAGAUACAAAACAUUGUGUCACAACCCGAUCCGUCCUGCGCAUGCGCAUCCAGAUAUACAACCGGGUCGCCCUUGAUUUUAUUUUAAUAAACAGACCUAAAUAAUGUUUUUCCCUCCCUAAAAAUAGUAAGUGUACUAAACUAUAAUGUGUUAAAGGUUAGUAAUGUAUUUCCUGAGAUUAAAAAAAUGCCUUAAAAUCCUUUCUGUUUUAUCAGUCGUCUCUGCCCGAUCUGCACCGCUUCUUCUAGGAGCUAACUUUUUCGGCUUUGGAUUUUAAAACAAAUCUGUUAUUUUUUAAUUUUAUGUUUUCCUUUCAUGUUAACAUUAUGGCAUAUAGUGUGUAAUUUAAAUAAAGAAACAACUAAAAU